UGUCUUCUGGAUACGGUAUAGCGGGCGGUCGUGGUAGGUGUUUCGUUUUUUGGCAAGAGUUCCGAAAAUGUUACGCUAUGGCGGACCGCCCUGAGGAAUGCGCAUUACAAUUAGAUGAUUAUUUUGAAUGUUUGCAUCAUACCAAAGAG